AUGCAGACGUGGAUAUAUUGGACAGUAGUGGUAACCUUGGUUAUCCUCCAACAGACCAUGGCCACUACCUUGACCAACCUGUUCAACAAUGGCGUCCUCAAAGGUUUGGAAAAGUUACGUAAGCGACAAGAACAUGGUCCAGAAGCUGCCGCCUCCUUUCCUUCCGUCAACCAGAUUUGCUUCGGUCUUGAUCAGCUGGAAGCAUACAAGGAUCAGUUUUCUACCUUUAUCGACCACAAUAAUGACGGCAAAGCCUCCUUUGAGGAAAUAAAACGCUAUCUCAAGAAGUACAACAAUAAGGUCACUGACGACCAGGUCAGGAGCUUCCUCCUCCGGCGGGAUACCAAUGGUGAUGGCGAGGUAGACUUCAUUCCUGACUACCUAACAGAGAUGGCCACACCAAACUACAGCGCCACGACAGCCCGAGAAUGGUUCAACCUCGAAGACGCUGAUCAGGAUGGCUACGUCACCAAAGAUGAACUAAUUGCUAUUGCGCGCAAUAUCGGUAUGAGCCAAGAGAAAGCUGAGGAGACGGCCAAUGGAUACUACAUGGGGGCAGAUAUCAACGGAGACCGACGAUUGGACUGGAAAGGUACAGACUGA